CUUCAACCAAAAAAAAUCACACGUCAACGAAUCACAGCGGUGGCCGAAAACCGAAAGAAAAGUGUCAGAAAAUUUUCUCGCAGCUAGCUGUGAAUCGUAAGACUGUUUUUCGAUUAUUUUCCCCCGAAUAGAACAGAAAAUUUGUUUCAACCUUUCUGCUGAUCAUGAGCUCGUUUCGUUCGGUAUAAUUACCGUGUUUCUUUAAUUAGAGUCCGUAUACGGAAAGAAGCGGAACCGAAUCCCAGUCAGUUUCGAAGAAGAAAAAAAAACAUCGUUCCGGACCAGAAGAUGGCAGCUGAUGGAAAAUUGAAAAGAAAAGGCUCACUGGAUGAGCUGGUUCAGUAUGUGACACUGCACAUUCCAAACCCCGUUCUGUUGAACGGAAGCACACUGCCCUUCAUGGUAGUGCUGGCACUCUGGGGCUACCUCUGGGUAUUCGUGUACGGUGUCGAAGAGUAUUGGGAAGCUGGUUUGCUUACUCUGGCCGGGAUAGGAUUUUUGCAGGUUUUCGUAUGUCUUUGCUGCUUUUGGAGUGUUCACGUACAAACGUUUCUUAACUGCCGGAAGGCUGGCAGCGCAGAAACAGCUUUAGUAGCUAAAGUUGUCCCCACAGAAAACAACGGUUCGUCGGAACUGGUCAAGGUUCAUCGAACUAAGUUGGAUGAAUCGAGUAAAUCGGAGGCGAUCUACUGGUUUUUAUUUCAAAAGACUAAGUACGUGUGGGAUCCGAACAAAAAGCAGUUCCGCAGCGUCGAGUUCCCCAUCAACAAGACAUACGAGGAGUACUUUGAAUCCAAAGGGCACAUGGAAGAUUCCGAUGUUGCGCUAUCGGAAAAAACCUAUGGCAAUAAUAAUAUGGAAAUGGUUGUCCCGGAGUUCCUGGAAUUGUUUGUUGAACGUGCUACAGCACCGUUUUUCGUGUUUCAAAUCUUUUCGGUUUUGUUGUGGUGUCUGGAUGAGUACAUGUACUAUUCGUUGUUCACGUUAGGAAUGCUAAUCGCGUUCGAAUGCAUACUGGUCCAGCAGCAGUUGCGGAAUAUGUCCGAAAUUCGGAAGAUGGGCAACAAACCGUACUCGAUUAAUGUGUUUCGUAACCGCAAGUGGCGUCCGAUACGGUCUAAUCUACUCGUUCCCGGUGAUCUGGUUUCGAUUACGCGUUCUCAGGUCGAGAACUUGGUUCCGUGUGAUCUGUUGCUGAUUCGAGGCACGUGCAUUGUCGACGAGAGCAUGCUAACCGGCGAAUCGGUACCACAGAUGAAAGAAUCGUUGGAAAACACCGACGAACACAAGAAGGAACUCGACAUCGAAGCAGACGGCAAACUCUAUGUCCUGUUCGGUGGCACCAAGGUCGUCCAGCAUUCGUCUCCCAGUAAAGGUGCCAUGCGAGCUCCCGAUAGUGGUUGCAUAGGAUAUGUGCUACGGACUGGUUUCAACACUUCGCAAGGCAAACUACUUCGGACGAUUCUGUUCGGGGUGAAACGCGUUACGGAGAAUAAUCUGGAAACAUUUGCAUUUAUUUUGUUCCUAAUGGUAUUUGCGGUUACAGCUGCCGUUUACGUGUGGAUUAAGGGUUCCGAAGAUCCGGAACGGAAUCGGUACAAACUAUUCCUGGAGUGUACACUGAUCUUGACGUCGAUUAUUCCUCCGGAUCUACCGAUUGAGUUGUCUCUGGCUGUAAAUACCUCACUGCUGCAACUAUCCAAACUGUUUGUAUUUUGUACGGAACCGUUUCGGAUACCGUUUGCUGGAAAGGUGCAGAUCUGCUGCUUCGAUAAGACUGGAACACUGACGAGUGAUAAUUUAGUCGUUGAAGGUGUAGCCGGACUUAAAAAGGAUACUAGUAUUACGGCAAUUUGUGAGAUUCCAGAAUCAACGGCCCACGUUCUUGGAUCGUGUCAUUCGUUGGUGCAACUCGAUGAUGGAUUGGUUGGAGAUCCACUGGAAAAAGCCACCCUGACGGCCAUUGACUGGAAUCUAACGAAAGGAGAUUCUGUCGUACCAAAGCGAGGCAAAUUCAAACCACUAAGAAUCUAUCAACGGUUCCAUUUUUCGUCCUCGUUAAAGAGGAUGGCAGUACUAGCGGGUCAUCUGGUUCCGUUCAGCAACGAAACAUGCUACAUCGGAACGGUCAAAGGAGCCCCUGAAGUGAUAAUGAAAAUGUUAAAAUCUGUACCCGAAAAUUACGAAGAAACCUACCUAGAGUAUUCCCGUCGAGGAGCCAGAGUACUGGCGCUAGGGUACAAAUCAUUUGGUUCCUUGGAUAAUGCCACAAUUCGUGAGCUGAAGCGAGCCGAUAUAGAAAAAGAUCUCGAAUUCGCUGGGUUUAUCAUCAUCUCCUGUCCGCUCAAGCCUGACUCGAAGUACGCUAUCAAAGAAAUUAUUCAAGCAUCGCACAAGGUAAUGAUGAUCACCGGUGAUAAUCCGUUAACUGCGUGCCAUGUUGCUAAAGAGCUUCGUUUUACGAAGCGUACGCUGGUUGUGUUAACCAGAGUAGGAUCAGACUGGCAGUGGGAAUCAAUCAACGGGGAAAUUCGAAUUCCACUGGAUGAAAAGCGUACCGCGAAAGAUUUGUAUAAAGAACACGAUUUUUGUAUUACCGGGGAGGGUCUCCAGUAUCUGGACAGCGAACAUCACUCCUACUUACUUAAAUUAAUGCCGUAUGUUACGGUGUUUGCUCGGUUCGCUCCGAAGCAGAAAGAGUUUGUGAUAACAACGCUCAAACAGCUCGGUUUCUACACACUCAUGUGUGGGGACGGUACGAAUGACGUGGGAGCGUUGAAACAUGCCAAUGUCGGUGUUUCGCUACUGAGCCAUAUGCCAACAAAGUCCGAAAAACGACAAGUGCGAGGUGGAUCGGUAGAAUCGAACGCGAUCGAAAAAACGGAAAAGAAAAAGGAAAAACCAGACGAUCGCAAAUCUCUGACCCCCAGGGAGAGAGCAAUUUUGAAACAUCGAGAAAAUUUGAACUCUACACAAGACCGACUGCAGAAGGUUCUGAAAGAGAUGGACGAUGAGCAGGUCCCAUUCGUUAAAUUGGGCGAUGCCAGUAUUGCAGCUCCGUUCACCAGCCGAUCGGCGUCGAUCAACAGUGUGUGUCAUAUCAUCAAACAAGGACGCUGUACGCUCGUCACCACGCUGCAGAUGUUCAAAAUUUUAGCCCUGAACGCACUGAUUUCCGCCUACUGCCAAUCGGUACUGUACAUUGAUGGGGUCAAGAACAGUGAUACCCAGCUGACUCUGCACGGACUGUUGACUGCGGCCUGUUUUUUGUUUAUAACCCGAUCCAAACCGCUGAAAGUCCUAUCGAAACAAGCACCACUACCGAACAUAUUCAACCUGUACUCGGUGACAACCAUUCUAGCUCAGUUUGCGGUGCACUUCACAGCGUUGGUAUACCUCGUACAAGAGGCCAACGACCGAUCGCCUCCUAGGGAAGGCAAAGUAAAACUACAUUUGGAUUUAGGACCAGAUGAGAAAGAUGAAUUUGUCCCGAAUAUUGUCAACAGUACGGUUUAUAUCAUCAGUGUUACCAUGCAGAUCGCAACGGUGGCGGUGAACUACAAGGGUCACCCGUUCAUGGAAAGCAUGCGAGAGAAUCGACUGCUUUCGUAUGCGAUCCUCACGUCCAGUACAAUUGUUCUGUGUUUGGCCCUCGGUUUAGUGCCAGAUCUGUUAACCACCUUUGAAGUGAUCGAUUUUGAACCUGAUUUUCGAAAACUUUUGGUUGGUGUGCUGGUGGCUGACAUGAUUCUCGCCUAUUUAGUGGAUCGCAUUUGUUCGUUUUUAUUCGGUGAAAUGCGCAAAAAGACCGAUAUCGUUUCCUAAGUUGGCUUCCGGCUUUUUCAAAUUCGUAGUGCACAAUGCACAAUCAGCACUGAUGCAUUGCAGAUGCAUAUAAUAGUGUAGGAAAUAAAAGGAUUAUAGGGAAUACACAUUUUUUAAUGUUUUAGUACGCAAGUAUUCAAACAAUCACUGUAUGGAAGAUAGAGAAUACCGUAACCGAGCGAUAACAUAAUUUUAAUCCGAUUUACGAAUCUGAUAGAAGCGCGUUUAUAAAUGCAUCCAGCGUGGAAGAGUCCGACACGAUAAAAUGAUGCAAUCUUUUAACCCCGAGCAUUAAACUAAUUAAUAGACACAACAAGUUGCAGAGUAUGAAAACUAACCAGCAUCUGGAAGAGUAAAAAUUGAAUUUAUGUUGAGGUGUCUAGUAUAAAGACUUGUGUAAUGGAAGUGGAACUAGAUUAAAUAAUUCAAUGAAUUAAUGAAGAUUAAACGCAGAGUACGAACUGAGAAGCAAAUAUGUUCAAACAUCGUUCACUGGAUCUAUACACAUUUUAAAUAACUACGUUUUGCGAGUUUUCGUUAAAGUAAUGUAUGGCUCGUCGUGUAAAACCAAAUCUUUAAAAUAUAAAAGAA